CCAUUCUCUUUCAUUGCGCCGUUGUUUAUUGCUGAGUUCUUAAAUUCGAAAAUACGAGUCCCUAACCACUUCAAAGAUGGGUAGGGAGGACAAGGCUACUUGGAAGUCAAAAUACUUCACCAAACUUAUCCAAUUGCUAGAAGACUACCCAAAGUGUUUCAUUGUGGGCGCUGACAAUGUCGGCUCAAAACAAAUGCAGCAAAUUCGUAUUUCAUUGCGAGGAAAUGCUGUCGUUCUUAUGGGAAAAAAUACCAUGAUGCGUAAAGCUAUCAAGGGCCAUAUUGAACACAACCCUGCUCUGGAAAAGAUCUUGCCCCACAUCAAGGGUAAUGUUGGUUUUGUUUUCACCCGAGGUGACUUGGUUGAAAUCAGAGACAAACUAUUGGAAAACAAAGUCAAAGCCCCUGCUAGAGCUGGUGCCAUUGCUCCAUUAUCUGUCAUCAUUCCUGCCCAAAACACUGGAUUGUUCCCUGAGAAGACUUCUUUCUUCCAGGCUUUGAGUAUCCCCACCAAGAUUUCCAAGGGUACUAUUGAAAUCAUCAAUGAUGUCCACAUUCUUAAACCCGGAGACAAAGUAGGAGCUUCCGAAGCCACAUUACUCAACAUGUUAAACAUUUCUCCCUUCUCAUAUGGUCUUCAAGUUGAGCAAGUCUAUGACUCAGGCACUGUAUUUGCUCCAGCUAUUUUGGACAUCAAACCAGAAGAUUUGAGGGAGAAAUUCUUGGCUGGAGUAGCCAAUUUGGCUGCUGUUUGUUUGUCCAUUGGAUACCCAACAGUUGCUUCUGCUCCACACAGCAUUGCCAAUGGAUUCAAGAACUUGUUGGCUAUUGCUGCUGUUACUGAUGUUGACUUCAAGGAAGCCAAGACCAUCAAAGAAUACAUCAAGGAUCCCAGCAAAUUUGCUGCUGCUGCUGCUCCUGUAGCUGCAGCCGCCGCUGCACCAGCUGCCGAGUCUAAGAAAGAAGAGAAGAAGGAGGAAUCUGAAAGUGAAGAUGACGAUAUGGGCUUGGGUCUCUUUGACUAGAAAGUUUUAUAUUUUUGAUACGUUAUUUGCUGUUUUGUCGAGUCAGACUGUCAAAUAAAUGAAACAGGUCUAA